AUGCCUUCUGUUGUGCCAUCGGCGCCCAGGCAGGGGGCUCCGGGCACUCAGGGGCUCUCGUGCACCGUCCAGUUCUUCAGCUUUCCGGCCAUCGUCGCUCCCUACAAGUGUUCCGUCCUCCCGCUGAGCCAGAACCAGGAGUUUGUGCCCUUCGUCAGGGAGCUCUCCGAAGCCCUGACCAGGAGCGGCGUGUCGCACAAGGUGGACGACUCUUCGGGCUCCAUCGGCAAGCGCUACGCCCGCACGGACGAGAUCGGGGUCGCGUUCGGGAUCACCAUCGACUUCGACACGGUGAACAAGACGCCGCACACGGCCACCCUCCGGGAGCGGGACUCGAUGCGCCAGAUCCGCGCCGAGGUAGCCGCGCUCCC